GCGGGUGCGCGGGGCGGCGAUUGCGCGGAGCGGAGUGGCGCUGGGGCGCAGUCGCGCUGACCCGCGGCCGUGGAUCGCGCUGGCGAGUGCGCAACGGCGCCAGCCCGCUGGCAGUCCAGCCAGUGUCGCCAGCAGCGCGCCAACCGCCGCGACCUUGGCUCCCGCUGCGCUCGCAAGCUCCUCCCGUGCUCAACAGCAGCAGCAGCAGCGAGUCGUCGGCAAGCAGGCAGGCGCGGCGUCGCGCGAGCAUCCGGCUGGGCCGCGAGCGAUGCGCGCUCGCGCGCCCGAGGUUGGACAGCGGCAGCGGCAGCGGCAGGCCGAGGCUCGGCGAGCGGCGGCGGGCAGCCCAGGCCUUGACCCGGAAACUGCGCAGCUGGCGCGCCGCGGCUCGUCAUGGUAACGGCCAUGAGCGGUGACAAGUCGAGUAGCAGCAGCAGCAGCAGCGGCGACGGCGGUGGCGGGGGCGGCCAGCAGCAGGCUAGCGGCAGGCGGCCCAGCGGCGGCGACGGGCUCAAGGGCCUGCUGCCGCCCUCGUUGGCCUUCACGGCUCAGGCGCACCCGGCCACCCUCACCGCGCCCGUCGCCCAGGACUCGCCCAACUAUCUCACCUAUAAGAAGAUGGAGGCCAUCGUCGAGCGCAUGAUGCACGACGAGACGGGGGUGCCCGUCAAGACGGUCAAGAGCUUCAUGAGCAAGAUCCCCUGCAUCUUCACCGGCAGCGACCUCGUCGCCUGGAUGGUCAAGAACAUGGACGUCGACGACCAAGAAGCGCUGCACGUGGCCCACCUGAUGGCGGCCCACGGCUACUUCUUUCCCAUCGACGACCACAACCUGACGGUGAGGAACGACAACACCUUCUACCGCUUCCAGACGCCCUACUUCUGGCUGUCCAACUGCUGGGAGCCGGAGAACACAGACUACGCGGUCUACCUGUGCAAGCGCACCAUGCAGCACAAGGCCCGCCUGGAGCUGGCCGACUACGAGGCCGACUACCUGGCCCGCCUGCAGAAGCUCUUCUCGCGCAAGUGGGAGUUCAUCUUCAUGCAGGCCGAGGCGCAGAACAAGGCGGACAAGAAGCGCGACAAGCUGGAGCGCAAGGUCCUCGACAGCCAGGAGCGCGCCUUCUGGGACGUGCACCGGCCGAUGCCCGGCUGCGUCAACAGCACCGAGCUCGACAUCAAGAAGGUCUGCCGCAAGCAGCAGGCCCGGCCGAGCGCCGAGGCCACCACAGCCGCCGCCGUCGCCGCCGCCACCAUGCCCUGCAGGCACUCGGCCUUCGCCGCCACCCAGCCGUCGCAGUAUCGGCGCAGCAUCCACUGCCAGCGCGAGCCCGCCGAGCUCCGGAGCGAGAUCGCGCUGCUCCGGCAGCGCCUCGACCGACGCAUCACCAAGCUGUCCAAGGUCGCCGAGGCGCUCAUCGGCUACUUCGAGCAGUACGCCGAGUACGACCCCUUCUUCACGCUGCCCGAAUACCCCAACCCCUGGGUGUCCGACAGCAUCGAGAUGUGGGAGCAGGACAAGCUGCCGAAGGAGGUCUCCGCCAGGCGCGUCAAACGCUGGGCCUUCAGCCUGCAGGAGCUGCUCCAGGACCCCGUCGGCAGGGAGCAGUUCAUCCGCUUCCUCGACAAGGAAUUCAGCGGCGAGAAUCUCAAGUUCUGGGAGUCGGUCCGCGACCUCAAAACCGUGCCCCGCAAACACGUGGCCCAGAUGGUCACCGACAUUUGGAACGAGUACCUUGGGCCCGACGCCAGCUGCCCGAUAAACGUCGACUCGCGCUCCUUCGAGGCUACCAAGAAGAACAUCGAGAAUCCCGAUCAAUGGUCCUACGACAUCGCGGCGGCGCAUGUCUACCACCUGAUGAAAAGCGACUCGUACUCUCGUUACCUGCGAUCCGACAUGUACAAAGACUUUCUCAACGUCUCCAAGAAAAAGACAUCCGUUAAAGGGAUCCGAUCGAUCGUCUCGUUCACCGCACGCAAAGACACGCAAGUUGUCUAAUUGACAAAACAAACGCACGCCAAUUCAUCUGUCAAAUGAGAACAAUAUACGCGUUUCCUGCCACGGAACGAGCAGCUGUAAACUUUUGUUUCUUCUGUCAUCCAUCUACCCACUCUUUCUCCGGUCUAUCAGCGCACUACCCCUGCACUCGCGCCCACUGGAAUUUCUUAUGAACUGCCAAACACUACAAGCGCAAUGUCGUUUACAAAAACAAACACAGUUGAUAUUACGUAUACUUGAUUAAAAAGCAUAUUCAACGUCAAUUUUUUCCGGUCGAGUUUGCCCACAAGAGGCACAAACAUGACACAAAUAUAUAUUUUUUGUCUUGCAUGUGUAUAAUAAGAUUAAGUGAACAGAAAAAAUAAAAGAGUAAAAUACGAACAUUAGGUAAACGAUUAUGUCUAAGCUAUAUGAUGUACAAUAGCAAAAAUAAAUCCUUAUUUUUGUUAAACUCUUUUUCCAAGGAAUUGAUGCAUUUAAAUAAGACGAGCAGGCUCGCUAUCAAAACAAAGCACAAUACGAUGUUCUAACUAGUUGUACUUCUUACUCUGUAAUUCAAUCAUCUUUAACAAUUUAAAAACUAAUGAUAACUAGAAAAGAAAGUAUUUGUAUAGAUAUUUAUUCGAGUUGGGAUUCUAUCAUUCAUGUAUUAAUAGUAUUACUUUACAACCUUAUGUUGAAUCUCGUUAAGUUUAUAAGGUGUAUUU